AUGCCCCACUAUCCGGACAUGGCAUUUGAGUGGAAAAAAAACCGAUUUCGACGACCAACGCCGCUGGCACCGGUUCACGACGCCUCAUCAGCAAUUCGCCUCGGUAAGAAACGCUUUGCCUCGCGUUAUCAGGUGCGGCCCCAUUCAGCGACGCCUGUACACGGAGAGCGGAGCGGAGCACCGGCUGUCUCCGAAAUGAGAACCCUCGGGAUUGUUGCUGGCCUCUUGCUCCUUGCCGGGCUGCACUAUGCUUCGGCGAUUGAAGAUGCUGAAAUUUCACAAAAAUUUUACCAAGAAUUCAAAAAGUACAGAGAAACCAAACACAUUACACCUGAAUUUCAAGACAUUCUCCACGAGUUCUCAUUUCAAGGAGCUGACAUAAGAGCUGGGACUGUUCAGCGAUUGGGAAUGUGCAGUGUUUGCAAUGCAGUUGUUCGUACAAUUUUAACAUUCAAACAAGGUGGAACACCAGAAGAGGAUAUAAUAGACAUGUUAGAAGAUUUGUGUGUCCUUCUCAAAAUAGAAAGUGAGAGUGUCUGUGCUGGAGUUAUUGAGACCAAUGCAGAUAUUUUCAUGUACAUUAUGGACAAUAAUCCUAACUUGCCAGCAGAGCGUGUUUGUGGUUUACUUCUCCAAGAUGGACAGCAGACUUGCAAUCCUAAAUAUGCCAUUGAAUGGACUCUGGAGGUUCCUUUGGGAGAGAAACCUCAACCAGCAGUCAAAGAAAUACCUGAAAACGGAGAGUCAUACACGGUUGUUCAAAUCUCCGAUAUUCAUUACGAUCCUCGCUAUACCAUUGGUGGAAAUGCUAACUGUGGAGAACCCACUUGUUGUCGUCAAGACCAGGGUAGUCCAGCCUCUCCCUCAGAUGCAGCUGGCUACUGGGGAGAUUAUAGGAGUUGUGAUAUGCCUUGGCAUGCUGUAGUAGAUGCUUUGGAACAAAUAGAAAAAGAACAUCAGAAUAUAGAUUUUGUUUACUUUACUGGAGAUUUGGUUGACCAUGGAGUAUGGGAAACAAGUCGUGACUUAAACAAUGGCAUUUUCAACCAAUUUUAUGCAGAAUAUCAAAAAAAAUUUCCAAAUACUCCUUUAUUUCCAACGUUGGGAAACCAUGAACCACAUCCACUAAACGUGUGGCUUCUUGAUGAUCACGGAACAGACCUUUUACGAGAUCAGCUUAACUGGUUGACUGAGGUAUUAUUACAGGCUGAGAAAGCAAAUGAAAAAGUGCAUAUAUUGGCUCACAUACCUCCAGGUGUAUCUGAUUCACUAAACUCGUGCAGCAGAGAGUUCCGAAGAAUUAUAGACAGGUUUGAAAACACAGUUGUAGCUCAAUUCAAUGGUCACACUCACAAUGAUGAAUUUCACAUUUUCUAUUCGUUGGAAAAUCCUGAAAGAGCAACAAAUGUUGCUCUGAAUGGUGGAAGUGCUACAACUUACACUUACCUCAAUCCCAAUUAUAAAGUAUACAAAAUUGAUAAAACAACUGGGCUUGUGAUCGACUCAGAAACAUGGACCUACAACUUAACUGAUGCCAAUCUUAAUGGAAACGCAGUUCCCAAAUGGUACAAACUGUAUUCUUUCCAAGAAGAAUAUGGAGUGAAAUCCUUAGUUCCAUCAGAACUAGAUGAUUUGGCCCACCGAAUGGCUAAAACACCAGCACUUUUGGAAAAAUAUCAUAGAUUUUAUGUAAAGGAUUCUGACGCCAGACAAGGCUGUGACAGUGGUUGCCGACAGAGACAUUUAUGCCAGAUUGUGACAGAUCACGCCCCUGAUACAUCACAUUGUUCAACCAUUUAUCAGUAA